AUGGACCGCAGCCCAUCCCCCGCGCCCGUCCUCGCCGUCGCCAUCGACGAGAAGAAGGCCGCGCUGGAGCACCCCCACCCGUCGCGCUCGACGCUCAAGAACAUCGUCCUCAUUGGCACCGUCACCCUCGCCCAGAUCCUCACCAUCGGGAACACAACGGUGGUGUCGAUCGCGCUCCCCACGAUUGGCAAGGACCUCAACAUCGUCGAGUCCAAGCUGCAAUGGAUGGUCUCUGCCUUCGCGCUCAGCUCGGGUUGUCUGCUCCUCUUCCUCGGACGCGCCGCCGACCUCUACGGGCGCAAGAAGGCUUUCAUCCUUGGCUGCGCGUGCAUGGGCAUCUUCGGCCUCGGCUGUGGCUUCGCACAAGAUGAGAUCACCAUCGACGUCCUCCGUGCGCUCCAGGGCAUCGGUCCCGCAGCUGCCAUCCCUGCUGCCCUCGGUAUUCUCGCCCACACCUUCCCUCCGUCCCACCUCCGGUCCAUCGCCUUUGCCACCUUUGCUGCAGGUGCUCCUGUCGGUGGUGCCGUCGGCAACAUCAUCGGCGGUGUGCUCACCCAGCUUACGGCUCAGAGCUGGAGGUCGACGUUCUGGUUCCUCACCGGGCUCAGCUUCCUCUGCUGCGUCGGUGCCUGGUUCUCCAUCGAACCCGAUGAGCCAUACCACUCCGAGGACCGUCGUCUGGAUUGGAUAGGCGCCUUCCUGAUCACCGCCGGCCUUACCUUCAUCAUCUUCGUGCUCAGUGACGGUUCCAUCGCGCCCGGCGGCUGGAGCACCCCUUACAUCAUUGCAAUCCUCGUUCUCGGCAUUCUCUUGACAGGAUGCUUCAUUGUCUGGGAGUACUUCUUGGACAAAAUCCAUUCAGAGCCAGGGAGCCCGCGCAACCGCUGGUGGACGCCUCACCCGCUCAUGCCCCUCUCGAUCUGGGCGCGCGCGCACGGCAAGCUCGCCGCGCUGUUCACAAUCGCGUUCCUCGAGUGGUCCAGUUUCACCCUUCUUACGUUCUACAUGCAGCUGUACUACCAGGAAUACAAGGGGUACUCGCCCAUCCUGACCAUGAUCCGCCUCAUCCCGAUGUUCGUCACCGGAGUGCUCUGCAACGUCUUCAUCGCGCUCGUCGUCGGCCGCGUCCCGAUCGUCUUCCUCGUCGUGAUCGGCACGGCGGCGACGGCAGGCGCGUCCCUGCUCUUCGCGCUCAUCGACCCCAACGCCAUCUACUGGGCGUUCGGCUUCCCCGCCGCGAUCAUCUGCGUUGUCGGCGCCGACUUCGUGUUCGCGAGCGGCACGCUCUUCGUCGCCAAGUCGUGCCUCCCGCACGAGCAGUCCGUCGGCGGCGCGAUCUUCCAGACCGUCGUCCAGCUCGGGACCUCGUUCGGGCUCGCGAUCUCCUCCGUCGUCUUCAACACCACCCUCGCCACCAAAACCGCCGAGCUCGACGCGAGCGGCGCGGGGACCCCCGCCGAGGCGCAGCUCGCCGCCUAUCAGGGUGCGUUCUGGACUGGGGUCGCGUUCGGGCUUGCGGGCUCGCUGCUCGCGGUCCUGUUCCUCCGCGGGGUCGGCGUGGUGGGUCACACGGAAACGAAAGAGCAUGCGGACGAGGAGACGCAGAGCGAAACCACUGUGCACGAGUCCUCAUGA